CGGAACGCAAUCCCGUAAAUGUUUUUUUUUAAGUUUACGAAUGUCUUUUUCGCUUUGUUUUUAAGUUUAAUUCUUAUUCAUUGUUAACUGAACACGUUAUUUUCUAUUAAACUCGACAAAAUGGAUUGCGGGGAGCUAAGAACAUCAGAGGAAGUUAGAAAAAUAAUAAAAACAGCAAAAUUGCAUGAAUCAGAACUUACUGAUAUUACCCAAGUUUUAAGAUUCCCAGAUGCGAGCCUUCAUAAUGACAAUUUGAGGCUAAUGCAACUUGAUGAUUAUUUACUGAAAGAAAUAGAAGCCGGCAAAGAACUUGUUUUUAAAGGCGAGCGGGAAGAAAAUGUAGUUUUAUGUACAGAAACUAAAACAUACGAUGUUAAGGAGGCAGAAACGUCGAAUAGCCUUUUACUAGUACCGGAACUAAUGUUUGCUACGGAUACAGGUCACGACGAAACUAUGAAAAACAAUUCUAUGGAUGGUGAUUCCGAUACUUCCUUCGACAAAUCAAACACCAGCCUCAACAAAUCGACUGAUUCAGAUGACGGCAAACCUCCGAGGAAUAUUCAACAUAAAGACAUUGUUAAUACAUUUUUCACAUACUAUGAACUAAAGCAAUGUAAGCCUCGGCUUAAUAAAUUAAGGAAGAUUUUAGAAGCCACUAGAUACCGUGGACCUGAGUUGGAGUACGCGGUUGAUAAAAGCAAACUAUUGGAUUACAACAAGCUAUUUCAUCAAAUACAAGCUUCACGGGCUGAGUUAACCCAGGAACUCGAAAAAAUACAAGCUAUAGAAAUUGAUGGGUACUAUAGGUUGCUAGAGUUUGAUUACGAAUUUCGUGUCUUGUCUUACAUGUUGGACCUCAUUGAAGAAAACUCAUGGCCAUUAGAUCGCAUUUCUAAAGAAAUAACAAUUGACAGUUUAAAAGAAUUAGUGCCUUCUUCAAUAUUAGAGGCAAUGUUUAGACACUAUACAGAUCCAACUGUAGAAGAAGGUGGCGAUCUGUAUUUUCAGUAUAAGCAAGAUAAAGUUUGCCGAUUUUUAGCAGGAGUUUUGUUGAAAAGUGCUGGUAAAUUCAAUUUAGCUGAGUUUCUGCAAGCUUGGAAAGAUUCAGUGCCGGAAGGGAUGGUAGCAGAUGAGUCUCUACUUUUGGGUAUUGCACUUAUCGAUAAGUCUACGACGCCUCAAGUAAUAUGGGGAUUUGCUGAGAGUGAGUUACCAGAAGACAUCAAUGAAAGAUUCAAGAUACUAUUUCAAACUAAGCCAAAGUGGACUGUGGCUGAUAUAUCACCAUACAUUGAGUGUUAUGCAACAGAAAAGAUAAAUGUCAAUGCAUUAUUAACCAAAUACGCGCGAGCGUCAACACAGGAUGGGGUUAGAGUCUUCUCAGCGAAACAUAUGAAAUGAUCAAGUGAUCUAACGAUGUAAGGUAAUCUAACGC